AUGUCGUCGCCGGCUCCGAGCAAAUUCUCCUUUACCAUCCGCAGGCCGACGCCAGAAUCUCGGGCGACGUCCUCUGGUGGCGAGGACUCUGACUUUAAGGUCCCUGCCCUCCCCAAGCGUCUACUAGGUGCCAAUGGAGGCGGCAGCCCGCUCGCGCGCAGUGCGGCGCCCUCCCCCAAGCCCAUACCGCGUACGUACAGCGAGCGAGACAGCUCAGACGAGGAGGACGAGCAGGAGGACGAGCUCGUGACCGGUUUCGACCAGUUCGGCGUGCAGCGCCUGCGUGAAAAGAAGAAAGAGCCAGAGGGCCCGCUCGUCAUCCCGGCGCUGAAGAACAAGGACUGGCGCGAGCUCGCGCGGAAGCGCAAACAGCUGUAUGUGCCGCCCAGCGCCGCGGCGCAGACCGGCGCGGACGGGAGCGUCGGCGGCCUAGGCACGCGCGAUACGAUUAACUCUGGCCCGCAGCUUUCCGGGCUGCAGGUCGCGAAGCGAGCGAAGCUCGUAGAGAGCAACUCGGUCGCGGUCAAAACAGAAGAGGCAGACGUGACCGCAACAGUCGUUGACGGCCAUGUGCCAGAUGACGUGAAGAAAGAAGAAGAGACGGAGGACCAGAAAGCACUCCGCGCGCUCCUCGCUAGCGCGCAGUCUGAUGAUUCCAUGGGCGGGGACGGCGCAUUCAUCACGGCUAUUCCUGCGCCGAGCGAGGACGAUGCGUACCGCCAGGACGUCGAGGAGCUCCCGGAGCCGGCGACCUUGGACGACUACGAACGUGUGCCAGUUUCGCAGUUCGGUGCGGCGCUGCUGCGAGGCAUGGGCUGGACGCCAGGCACGGCAGCGAGCAAGAAGCAGAAAGGCCCCAUCGACCCGUAUCUGCCGGAGGCGCGCCCAGCGCUGUUGGGCAUUGGCGCGAAAGAGAAGGAGGUGUUCGACGAUGGGAGCGCCGGGAAGGGGCGCAAGGGCCCGAAGGGGCGUCCUGAGCGCAAGUACGUGCCCGUCAUCAAGCGUGAGCGACGGCCCGAGGAUGGCGACGGCGAGCGGUCGGGAAGUCGGGAGGAGGAAAGGGACAGGGACCGGUCGAGGAGGCGGUCGCCGACUCCGGAGAAGAGGAGCUCAAGACGGCCCUCGAGGUCGCCGUCUUCUGACCGGCGACGGGACCGAGCCCGUGUUGGGCGUGACGCACACUUCGAACGGGACCGCGAUAGGAGGAGAGAUGAUCGCAGAGACGACGACUACUCGCGCAAAAAUCGGGAGAGGGACCGGGAUGGAGAUAGACGAAGGGAUCGUUCGCGCGACAGAUACGAUUCGGAUCGUCGCCGUGACAAGGACCGCAGGUACUGAUGUGUUCCCAAGAUUAUACCUGUGUUUUUAGACCUGUUGCGUGCUGCAUAUUUCUUGUUCUCUGUUAUACUGGGUAGCCUUCAAGGAUUGUUGAACCCUCGUCACUUGAGCCCAAA